GUAGCCGCCGAGGAACCGUGGCCUUCCGCGACUUUACGAUAGUACGCUCCGGCUAGACUAAUCCAUUACAGUGAGCAUAAUGACGGCAAUUUUAGUCCUGGGGGUAUUGCUCCCAGGAGGCAGCUGCGGCGUCGGCGCGGCGACACGGCCAGGCGGGGACGCCGCGCCAACGCCCCUCGUGCGUGCCAGCGCCCUGCCGUGCCGCGCCUCACACAGAUGUAGCACACGUUGCAGCCGCGCUGUCCAGAAUGGAAGAUCCCGAGUAGUAGCAAGAGGCGGAAACGGCAGAACUGGUGACGGCCCGCCAGACCUGCCAAAGCCGCCGCUAGACACGGACCGUGUGGAGAGGAUACCGCGGCCCGUGUCGGCUGGGUCACAGCUCCCGCUUCCCUUCCGGUUCUGGGUGGACGAAGUGCUGUGGAGCCAGGGCCGGGCGGCGGUGCAGCUGAUUGAGCAGGUGUUCCUGGAGGCGGGCGGUGUGAAGGCGGGCGGCCCCAGCCGGGAGCAGGAGCGUGCGCGGCAGCAGCGGCUGGCACACGCCGGCGGCGACGCCGACCGCGGCGGGGCCCUGGGCUCCUCCCACAUGGGGUCCUGGGAGGUGCUGUGGACCAAAUCCACAUACGCCAUACCCGCGGCGCGGGCCAUGCGGCCGGGGCAGCUGGUGAGUGCCGUCAUCGGCCUCAACUGCCUGACCAUGAAGAAGCGGCUGCUGCUGACGCUGCUGCAGGCCUACGGGCCGGCCGGCGCCGCGGCGCUGACCCCGCGCUCCUUCGCGCUGCCGGAGCAGCUGGAGGAGUGGGCGGCCUGGGUGGCGCGGCAGGGGCCGCGGCAGCUGUGGAUGCUCAAGACCGGCCAGGACGCGGGCAAGGGCCUGAGCCUGCUGCCAGGCGAGGAGGCGGUCCGGUACGCGCGGCAGCAGCUGGCGGAGGGUGCGGAGGGGCAGCACCACCACCACCACCACCACCAGCCCAAGCGAUUCCAGCUACAGGUGGCGCAGCAGUACGUGACUGACCCGCUGCUGGUGCUGGGGCGCAAGUGCCACCUGCGGCUGUGGGUGCUGGUCACCGCGCACUGCCCCAUGCGCGCCUACCUGCACAAGCGCGGCCUGGUGCUGUUCAGCUCGGAGCCCUACGACCCCGCCGCGCCGCUGCCCGCCGCCUCAACCUACUCCGCCUCGCCCGCACACCACCACAAGCCCCAGCACACGAUGCACGACCGCGGCGUCCACCACUCGCUCACCGCGCCGCCGCCGCCGCCCGCAAGCCACGUCACCAACUACGCCCAGAACGCCAACAGCCUGGUGUGGGGGCUGGACCAGCUGCAGGCGCACCUGGGACCGGCGACCUGGGCGGCGCUGUGGCCGUCGCUGUGCGGCGCGUGCGCGCGGGCGCUGGGCGCGGCGCGGGGGGCGCUGGCGGAGGCGACGGCGUGGCUGCGGCCGGCUGUGCAGGAGUACGGCUUCCAGAUGAUGGGCGUGGACUUCCUGCUGGACCGCUCGCUGCACCCCUGGCUGCUGGAGUUCAACAGCUCACCCUCCAUCAUGGUGCAGCACGACCAGCCCGACUGCCGUACACUCAUACACGAGCACAAGUACGGCAUGCUGAGGGACACGUGGGCGCUGGUACGGCGCCGCGUGUGGCGGCCGGAGGAGGCGGACGGGGGUGCGGGGGGUGCGGAAGGGGAUGGGGGAGGAGCAGGCGGGGGUGGGAGGGGGUAUUGGAGGCGACACGCGGUACGUCAGGCGGCGGUGGCGGAGCGGGCGGAGGAGGAGGCGCUGGCAGGCACCGAGUAUGAGUCGCUGCGGCCUUACCUGCCGCCGCCGGAGUGACUAGCUACGGCGGGCAAGUGGGCUUCGAGCUGAGGAAGCUGCGUGGGGCGCUGGCGGAGCGUGGCCCAAUCGUUCGCAAUCCUGCGCGUCUCGCGUGCCGACCCGAUCUCGAGGCAGCAGAGUCAUUUGCGGGUGUGCAAUUACUUCGUGGCGUCAGUCGUCUGAGUACCGUACCGUGUAUGCAGCGUGUGGCGCUGCGUGAGAAGGUACCGCACUCGCGCCUACUCGCAUCAGACUGAAUGUCUGCGUGUCGGCUGGGUGAGCUAGGCGACGGCGCAGAUGAGGAUAUGCCUGCGUCUAUCUUGUCUCUGUGUCGCGGUGGAGCGCUGGUGGCAUGCAGCGGGGCAGCUUGACGCGAGGUGUGCUGACUACUACCGUACUAGAGGAUACGCAGAAGCUGGCUGCGACUCUGCGAGGAGCGGUAGCUGCGCCGUUGCAAUGGCAUGAAACUCUUGUGGCAGAGUCAUUUGUGGGUGCUCUUCUCUUAGCAGCAAGUGUGGAUCAGCAAGCAAGUGGGGCCUUGGGCCCCUUGUUUGUGCACCGCUGCUGCAGAAUGCUGAGCACAAAUCCCCUUGGUCGCCCCCGCCGUGAUGCCGUGGUGUGUGGGUUUCGCGUGUGGAUGUCGGUAAUUUGAAAAGGAAGUAUGAUGCGCAGAGUCACUUAAGGACCUUACCUACUAUACAGCCACGACUUACAGCCAAGAGCCCAACGUUUAGAAGGACCCCGGCGCUGCACGUUGCGAUUAUCGGGCUUCGGGCUUGACGGACUUAUGCGAGCUCUGCCUUUCUUUGAUGCUUAUCAUAAGUGCUGAUUCAAUAAG